AAUUCUAUUCAAGGCUUCAGGUGGUUGGGUGAUUCCUACUACAUUAAAUGCACCACCCGUGACGGAUCAUGGGACAUUUCAGCAUGCAACAUAUGGGUUCAGACAGCUGACUGCAGGAGACAUGAUGAGAAAACUUAAGCUAAUAACUUUAUCGGCUACUUUUCAGGCUUUCGUUUGAGAGUUUAAUAUAAUACGUUUAAAGGGCAGACACACUGUUCUCAUGAUGUGAAAGUCGACCGGUGCUGGUGGGGCCGCACUCUCCCAACGCCAGCUGAAGGAACCAUGUCCGGGGAGCGAGCGCCGUUAGCCGCCGCGGGCGGAGGUGUGCUCCGCGGUAGCCGCUCGGUAUCGUACGGCAGCUUGGUCCGGUCUCCGGUUCGACAGCGACGCAUUGAGCACAAACUGCAGCCAGGAGAGACGCUGCAAGGCCUCGCCCUGAAAUACGGAGUUUCUAUGGAACAAAUCAAGCGAGCAAACAGACUGUACACUAAUGAGUCCAUAUUCCUGAAGUCAACCUUGUUGAUCCCUGUACUGUCAGAUUUCAAGGACAGUAAUAAUGGGAUGGAUUUGGCUGCAGGUGACAAUAUAAAAGAUGAUCCUGCUUACAUUGGAAGUGAGAAAAAGAAAGAUGAUGGCCAGGAAGUGCUAUCAGACCUCACUCCAGUGGACUUUCUGAAACGGUUGGAUGACUUGAUAACUCAUUCCAAGCAGGCUGCUGUCAAAGGAUGCAAGGAAGCAGAGGAAAGGGUUGCAGCCCUAGAGGCAGCUUGCAGCAGCAGGACAUCAGCCUUGCAGCCUCUCAGAAGGUCACAGAGCAUCAUUUCACCUUCCAGAAUGCAGGAGCAGCAGGCAGCACAUGGGGCUGUGCCCCUCACUAUCACCAAACUCACCAAGAACUUCAGAGAUGAGGAGGAUGAGAUCUUUAAGCUGUGACAUGUUUCUUCUUUCUCAGACAUUUCAGAUGCAGGAAUGGGUCCUGGUGAAGCUCCUGCUUUAAGGAUUUCAUAUGUACCAUUUGAUGUGGACAGGUCCCCAUCAAAUGGCUUGACAAAUACUUAAAACAAUAAGUCUCUAUAUUAAUUUCUCACUAAUAGUAGUCUCAUGUAUUUCUGUAAACAUAGUGUAAUUGAUCAAAAUGUGGCCAUUACACACAGGAGAUAAGUGUAUGAAUGUUGGAGAUGAGAUGUUUGUUCAGAAGUGUGACUGUGUUGUUCAUGUAACUCUACCUCACAUCCUCAAGUCUCUUGAGACUCACUUUUUCAACUUUCCACUGGGAGCAAAACAGCUUUAUUGUAGCCAGUGUAGAAAAUUUAUUUUAUUAGAAGUUGUUUUACUUUGCUUUUAGUAGUAAGUAAAUGUAUAUUUUAUUUAGACUGUGUAUUUCAUAUAUCUUUAAAAUCAUCAUGGAAUUGUUUGUUCAGACAAAUGUUAGCUGUCAUUAGCCCUAGAAAUAGCUUAACUUACUUUACUCUGCACAAUAGUUUACACAAAAAAAUCACUUUAACUCAGUUACACUGAGGUGAAAUAUCAGGUCUCUUCCUUUUCAGUAAUAAUGUAAAACCAAAGACUAAUGUCUGUAAGCCGGUGUCUGGAGCAUGUCUCAGAAAAUAACACGAGUCAACAGUCAGUCAGUGUCAUCAUCAGUGACAUCAUGCGUUGUUCUCUGUUCGCCUGUUCGCUUUAUUGUUGGCAGCUUUUGUCUUUCGGAUGCGUCGUAUUACACUGACUUUCUGAAGCAGCAGCUCAACCACCACCGGGUGGCAGUGCUGCAUCACCGUGGCGUUGUUUCUGCUUGAUCUGCUCCUGUCUUCU